UUUUCAUCGUCACAUUCCAUCUGGUUGCUUUCUGCUUCUCGCCAAUCGCGAUUGGAGGAGACAAAAUAGUUCUGGUUUACCUUCUAGGGUUUUAUUAGAUUUCAUGCAGAGGUCGCGGCCGAAGUUCGGAUAUUUCAGUUUGUUUUGGGAGAUCCUGCUUUUGGUGUUGCUGCUUAAUUCAUGGGACACAAUAUAAUAUUCAAAAGUGUUGUCUAUUCAUUUUUUCCUAAGCCAUGUUUUGUCGACUUCCCAACAAUUUUUGUGUUCUGCUGUUGUUUCUGCUACUUGAUUUGUUGAUGGCAAACUUUCUUUUCGGUAGUGAAGCUUGAUAUCUUCUUUGUAAGUUGAGGUAGAAGGAAUGCCUCGGGACUUAUCGCGGUCACCAUCACGGUCGCCUACGUACAGGCGAAGGCGGUCACCAUCUCCUCUAGGGCAUAGAUAUAGCAGGAGAAGCCGGAGGGACAGAAUUCGGUCACCAUACUCAUCGUAUUCUUAUAGCAGGAGGAGAAGUCGUUCUAUAUCCCCACGACACCGCAAAAGUCGUUCUCCAACUCCAAGGCGUAGAAAAAUUCGCUCACCAACCCCUAGGCGGCACAAGAGGCAAAUAAGUAGGAGUUCCUCGUUGACUCCUUCUCAUAAAUCUUCUAGUUCAAGUCUUGGGUCAACAGAAAGAAAAGAUGCCAUUGAAAAACUGAAAAAAGAAGAAGAGAAGAAAAGGCGUCAACAAGAAGCAGAAUUGAAGCUGAUAGAAGAAGAAACAGCAAAGAGAGUGGAAGAUGUCAUCCAAAGGAAAGUGGAACAGAGUCUGAACACUGCAGAGAUUCAGCAGGAAAUACAGAAGCGUUUAGAGGAAGGACGAAAAAGACUUCGUGAUGAAGUUGCUGCCGAACGUGAGAAAGAGAAGGAAGCGGCUCUUAUAGAGGCUAGACACAAAGAGGAAAAAAUUCGAAAAGAGAGAGAAGAGCUGGAAAAGAUGCUUGAGGAGAACCGAAGACGGGUGGAAGAAUCUCAGAAAAAGGAAGCUUUGGAGCAGCAGCGGAGAGAGGAGGAAAGGUAUCGGGAACUAGAAGAACUCCAAAGAAAAAAAGAAGAGGCCAUGAGAAGGAAAAAGCAGCAAGAGGAGGAAGAAAGCGUAAACCAGAUGAAACUUUUGGGCAAGAACAAAUCCCGGCCGAAGUUGUCAUUUGCCUUGGGAUCAAAAUGAUUACCAGAAGAAAUUUAAUUCUCUUGAAUGUAUCUUUUGGAUUCCUGCUUUGUAUUGUAAUUUGAGGAUGAUAUCUUGGUCUACAAGUUUGGGGUUUCGGUGUGUUUCAGACAAGGCCCUUCUCAAGUGAUAAUGUGAUAUUACUUUAAACCAGUUUUGGAGUGGGAAUGGGAGUUCUGGGGCUUGAAAAAUCGCAA